GUGAAAAAUUGUGCGUUAUGGUAUUUUGGGCUUAUAGCAUGUAACAUACGAUCAGCCGAACAAUCAUGAUCAGCCAUUCCAUCUCCUCCGGCCGGAACAGUCGUGGCCGUAUUAAGAGUUGGAUCUAAAAGGUGAGUGAUUCAGACCCAAAAAUAAAAACGAAAGGGUUUGAACUGAUGAAAGCAACAACGUUAUACAGACCCUACUCUCGGCUCUGCGUUUAGAAACUCUUGACCACUCGAUUGAUAUCAUGGCUUUCAAGACAACUUUUUGGUCUCCACAUGGCCAUUUGAUUAAUUAACCCGAGGCAGACUCGAAAAAACAGAGUCGGAACAAUGAGGGAAGAUGAAGACGAUCCUCUGACUCUGUUAAUCCCACACCAUCAUCAAGAAGACGGUAAUCUGAUCGAACGUACUUGGUCGGAGUCAAAGAAGCUAUGGCAAGUAGCUGCCCCAUCCAUCUUCAGCCGCCUCGCUAUGUUCUCCGUCACCGUCGUCACCCAAUCCUUCGCUGGCCACCUCAGUGACCUCGACCUCGCCGCCAUCUCCAUCGCCACCACCGUCAUCAUCGCCAUUACUUUCGGUUUCAUGCUCGGCAUGGCCAGCGCGCUCGAGACUCUGUGUGGUCAAGCCUACGGAGCUAAACAGUACCACAUGCUGGGGACAUAUCUGCAGCGUUCUUGGGUAGUUCUAUUUCUCUGCGCAGUGUUGCUUUUACCCCUAUUUGUGUUUGCUACGCCAUUGUUGAAACUCAUGGGACAGUCCGAGGUCGUGGCCGAGCAGACUGGUUUAGUUGCCCUCUGGUUGAUUCCAUUUCACUUGAGCUUCCCAUUUCAGCUGACACUGCAGAGAUUCUUGCAGAGUCAGCGAAAGACUGGAGUGAUUGCCUGGGUUUCUGGAGGGGUUUUGGCCCUCCAUGUGUUUGUGAGUUGGGUUUUUGUGUAUGAGUUGAGGAUUGGGAUUGUUGGGACUGCUCUUACUAUUGGUUUUUCUUGGUGGCUAUCGGUUUUGGGUUUGUUUGUGUACACUGUUUGUGGUGGGUGUUCGGAAACAUGGACUGGUUUUUCAGCUCAAGCUUUUGUUGGGCUCUGGGAUUUCUUUAAGCUUUCUUUGGCUUCUGGGUUCAUGCUCUUAUUGGAGAAUUUUUACUUUAGAGUUUUGGUGAUAGUGUCUGGGUAUAUGCACAACACCGAGAUUGCUGUUGAUGCCCUUUCCAUCUGCAUGAGUAUCUAUGCUUGGGAGUCCAUGAUUCCACUAGGAUUUUUGGCAGCAGUUGGAGUGCGGGUAGCAAAUGAACUUGGCGCAAGCAACGCAAAAGGUGCAAAAUUUGCAACCACAGUUUCAGUCUUGACCUCCCUAGCAGUGGGACUUCUAUUUUGUUUAAUAAUAAUAGUCUUCCAUGAGAAGCUUGCAAUGAUCUUUACCUCCAGCAUUCCUGUUAUUGCUAUGGUCAAUGAUUUAUCAGUCUUGUUGGCAUUCACUAUUCUCCUCAAUUGCAUUCAACCAGUGCUCUCAGGGGUAGCAAUCGGAUCUGGUCGGCAAGCAAUAGUAGCUAUUGUAAAUAUAGGUAGCUACUACCUGGUUGGCAUGCCUGUUGGGGUUGUUUUAGGAUGGUUGCUAAUGUUUGGUAUCAAGGGCAUGUGGGCUGGAAUGAUCUGUGGAACUGUGGUUCAAACCUUGAUACUGAUCAUUAUCACCAUGAGAUGUGAUUGGGAAAAAGAGGCAGAGAGAGCUCGAAUUCACAUAACAAAGGAUGCAGCUUCACCAUUGAUCUUUGCUCAAUGAUGAUACCAUAUGCUCUGUUCCUCCAGUACCAGUUUAUGAGGGUAAUGCUACAGUGGUGAUAUAGUAUAUUAUUUUGUUGUGAAAGAAUGAAAUCAGCUGUAGCCUUGUUAUCUACGGUAGUCUUCUCUAGCCGGACGCUGAUAUGAUAAAAGGGUUUACAGGAUGACACAAAUCUGGUGAUAUGAUACAUGAACAUGACUGGUUGCAGCCUUGGAGGUGUCUGUUACGGUGUUACUUGUUGCUAUUUGCUUCUGCUUCCUUUUGGGAGCUGGGUUGCUAGAAUGGUAGAAAUUCUCUUUUGCUUCAUUGUUUCAUUGUUUGUAUGAUUGCUAUUUAGCCGGUGGUCUGGUUGGGCCUUCUUGCCUUCCAUUCUCUUCUGGCUGCUACAUUGUUGCCUUGUUUCUCAA